CUCAAGUAGAGGAGAGACACGCGUGCCCUUGGAUAUGCACCGGGGUGCUGCAUGUGGGCUUGAGGUGCUUCGUUUCCCGUAACGUAUAGUCAAGGUGACCAUGGAAAAGAAGGUAUUUUAACAGCCAGACACUGGGCAGGCUGUGGUGUGGGCAGAUGGCCACCACUGCCUGAGAGGGCCAGGGCUGAAGAGAUGGCAGUGCCAGGGCUGUUGGGGAGGGGCUGUCAACACGCUCAUGGCUGUGUCUGAAGCACGCUGACAGCACCCCUGAGUACAAACUGCCCGCCCUCCGGGCUGGUAUGAGGAACAACCUCAAUCUCACGGUAAUUAUUAGACAGAUGGUCUCGUCACUCCUCCACCCUGUCUGUACCAGGUAAAGCUGCUGUGUGGAGGGCACACGCAGUCACUCAGGAGCUCCCUGGCUGAGCAUGUGAGUGAAGAAAGAUGGUACUCUGCUCUGUGGAGCCCUGCCACUGCUCUCCCCAGGGGUACCGCCGUGGGGGGAAUGACAUCCUGUCGCCUGUCAGACUGAGGCGCUGCACUGCAUCUAUCUGGGACAGCUUCGGCAAUGUCAGGAAACGAAGAGGAAAGCUUUGAAUAUGAGUAUGAGGAGGAAAACGAGAGGGAAAGCGCAUUUAACAGGCAGAACCUUGAGAUCUUGGAAGAAGUUUUAUGUGCUGAAAGAGUGGGCCAGAUGACUAAAACAUACAAUGACAUAGAUGCUGUUACACGUCUGCUUGAAGAGAAAGAACGGGACUUAGAAUUAGCUGCUCGGAUUGGCCAGUCGCUCUUAAAGAAGAACAAAUCACUGACAGAAAGAAAUGAGUUCCUUGAGGAGCAAGUAGAACACAUCAGGGAGGAGGUUUCUCAGUUACGGCAUGAGCUUUCUAUGAAAGAUGAGCUGCUCCAGUUCUAUACCAGUGCUGCUGAAGAAAGUGAGCCAGAGUCCAUCUGUUCCACCCCGCUGAAGAGGAACGAAUCUUCCUCCUCUGUCCAGAACUACUUUCACUUGGAUUCUCUUCAGAAGAAACUCAAGGACCUUGAAGAAGAGAAUGUUGUGCUUAGAUCUGAGGCCUGUCAGCUGAAGACUGAAACAAUUACUUAUGAAGAGAAAGAACAACAGCUUGUCAAUGACUGCGUAAAAGAGCUAAGGGAUGCAAACAUACAGAUUGCCAAUAUCUCCGAGGAGUUAGCAAAGAAAACUGAAGAUGCUGCCCGGCAGCAGGAAGAAAUCACCCAUCUUCUCUCUCAGAUUGUCGAUCUGCAGAAAAAGGCAAAAGCUUGUGCAGUUGAAAAUGAAGAACUUGUUCAGCAUUUGGGAGCAGCUAAAGAUGCCCAGAGGCAGCUCACAGCAGAGUUGCGUGAGCUGGAAGACAAGUAUGCAGAGUGCAUGGAAAUGCUUCAUGAGGCUCAAGAAGAGCUGAAAAACCUUAGGAACAAGACUAUGCCAAAUGCUAUUUCACGUCGGUACCACUCCCUUGGCCUCUUCCCUAUGGAUUCUUUGGCAGCAGAGAUAGAAGGGUCAAUGAGGAAGGAGCUGCAUCUAGAUGAACCUGAUUCUCCUGACUUGGCUCAUCAGAAGCGGGUCUUCGAAACAGUGAGAAAUGUUAACCAAGUUGUCAAGCAAAGAUCCAUGACUCCAUCGCCAAUGAAUAUCCCAGGCUCCAACCAGUCUUCUGCGAUGAACUCACUCAUUUCCAGCUGUGUCAGCACUCCACGUUCCAGUUUCUAUGGGGGAGACAUCUCUAACAUUGUGAUAGACAACAAGACCAACAGCAUCAUCCUAGAGACAGACUCUGAGAAUGGGAAUGAAGACAGAAUGAAGAAGCCUGGAACUCCGGGGACACCAGGCUCCAGUGACCUAGAGACUGCCCUUCGCAGGCUGUCCCUUAGGCGGGAGAAUUACCUGUCAGAGCGGAAGUUCUUUGAAGAAGAGCAGGAAAGGAAGUUGCGGGAACUGGCAGAAAAAGGCGAACUCCGCAGUGGUUCCGUUACUCCCACAGAAAGCAUCAUGUCUCUGGGAACUCACUCCAGAUUUUCAGAAUUCACUGGAUAUUCAGGAAUGUCUAUCAGCAGUCGCUCCUACCUACCAGAAAAGCUUCAGAUUGUGAAACCACUAGAAGGUUCUGCCACUUUGCACCACUGGCAGCAGCUGGCUCAGCCUCACUUGGGUGGGAUCCUGGACCCGAGGCCCGGGGUUGUCACUAAGGGCUUCAGGACCCUGGACCUCGACCUGGAUGAAGUGUACUGCCUUAAUGACUAUGAGGAAGAUGAGACAGGUGACAUUUCUUACAAGGGCCUAACUACCUCGACGCCAGUUCAGCACACAGAGACCUCAGGUGAGAGGUCACAAGCACAAGUGACUGUUUCAGACAACAAGAGUAACCCCCGCCAAUCUCAGGCUUUCACAGAGGAGAUGCAGGAGUCCACGGCUGACGAUGAUGAGGGGUCUGGUGAGGGAAACUCAUUAAGUCCAGUAAAACUGACAUCUUUACAGGAUUUUGAUUACUGGGCCAUUCUCACAUCUCUCCAGAACAGCAUCCAUAAUAUCGCUUUGUGUGUAGCAUCUGCACGGUAAUGUGUGCAGUAGUUAGAACAUAACCAUUCUAACAUUGGCUCAAAAAUCCUUUCUUUAAUAAUCUUUUAGUUUGACUUCUUUUCAGUAACAGAAUCUCCGGUCAAUAUUUUACUUUUUGAUAAGAGAAGGCUGCUAAAAGAAAAUUAUUUAUUCACAAACCUAUGUGUGGCAUGUGUGGGAUUUGUAUGUGUAUUGAGUGCACUCUCUCACUUCAGUGUGUUUAAUGUAUUGACCAUAUAUAUUUUGUAUGCUUACAGCGUAGUUAUUUUCCUAAUUGUUCAUAGAAGGUGAUUCCAUACUUUAGAUUUUAUACUUCGGAGGGGGGGAAGAUGAAAUGUUGACAAAAGGUGCAUCUGAGUUGCCUUUGCUGAAACAAAUGGAAGUGCCUUAAAAUCAAGCAAGGAAAUUCUGCAUGUUUAAUUCAUUUACCUCAGAUACAGGUAUCUGGCCUUAAAUUUUCUUUGGGAUAAAACUCAAAUUGAGAUUAAAUAAUUAAGAGGAUGUUUUGGUGCCAAAAACAAUGGUGUUUUCCUCAUUUCCUGUCCACCACACUAUUCUUAACUUCUAUCCUUCAUAUUUAUACUAUAUAAAGACUUAUUUUGAAAUGAUUCAGUACUAUAUGGAUUAUUAGGUACUCUGAACUGACGUUUUCGGUCCAUUAUUGUAUGAAAUUACAAGUUCUCAGAAUAUAGAUGUAUUUUGAGUUUGCCUGAUUUCUUUCUCUGUUGAUUUUGUUUGCUUGGUUUUGUUUUAAUAAGCUUUAUAGGAUUGCUAGCUCUUUAAGAUUUGCCACUGGGUAAAGAACUGUAGUUAGUCCUGAAAUAGAAAAUUGCCAGAACUCCCUUCAGACUUGUUUUUACAUAACUAUUUUAAAUAAGGAUGCUUCCUUCACCCUCUCUUUUUCUGGAAUAAAUUGUAACUUAUUAUUUGACUGAUCUUUGAAAGAUCAGAUCAUUUCUCAGGGCUAGACAGUAAUAUUUCUCUGCUCUCUUUGUGAAGAGCAGAGUAUCCUUUGCUCUCAUUAAAGGGGCAGUUCAGUGCUGUCAACCACUGAAAAUAAGCUACUUUCAGUCAGUUGUGAUAAGACUAAACUUCAUGCAAACCCUUCAACUUCCCUUUCCAUUUGCAAAAAUUGACUUUAUUCUAUGAAGUUGUUCAGGAAUAACAAUGAUCUUAAAUUUUUAUAUUAAUAUGGAAAUAAAUAGUGCCUCCGCAGAUGUGUACAGUUUUGUCCAGGUAUUUACCAUUUGAACAGUCUAAAUAAUAACAGCAGGAAAAUCAUAAGUUCUAGGAAACGUGGACUGAAAUAAAUGACUUUUGGUCUACUGAAGAAAAUAUUCAAGAAAAGAUAUAAUUUAUUUUAAAAUGCGUUGCUGCAAGGAGGGAGGGAACAAGUUGUUUUUAAUGCACUCAAGAUAAAAUAGUAGUGCAAAGAUCUAUUUGAGUUACACUUUGGGCAAAGAAUCUUCCAAUUACAAGAACAGUCAACACAGAAACUUGUCAAAAGUUGUGAAACCCUAUUGUCAUGGGCUAUAUAUAGAGAGGGUAUAAAUACAGCUUUUUAUUCUUUUAAGAACAGAUCAGAAAAACAUCUGUGGCUAAGGAUUUGGAAAAGUUGUUUGUUUGGAGUACAAAUAUAAAUUUAGGCCUGUGUUAUGGUUACAAAUUGGCAGAAAAAGACUUGUAACUGAGAAAGGAAAUGGAGAUAAAUACAAUUUCAAUACCAGUCACUGUAGAACAGGCUAUUCCCUAGCGACUGCUGAUUUUUCCUGGAAAACUUUAAUUAUCUCAGAUGAGGCUUUUAGCAUAUUCCCUACAUUAUAAAUUAGCGAGUAAAUAAAGUCUUUGAAGUUGUCCUCGUAAUCUUAUUUGGAUUGUUUGCUGAGUAAUUUUGAUGCAUUACAGAAAUUGGUCAAAAUGAUUAACUUUUGUCUAGAACAAACAAAUUGGCUGAGAACUUAUUUCCCUUUUGUUUUCCUUCCUCCAAAUUGCCCAGUUCCUUAGGAUUUAAGAGUAUCCAUAAGCUACCACGUUACCUAUUUCAUCGCUCAGAAGUAAGUAAAGUAAAGAUACUGCUGUGUCUGCUUUUUGUUGAAGCAACUUGUCAGGUGGUAUACAAGAUACAGUGGAUGUUUUGAGAGUAGGCACUUAUUAAUGUGGCAGUGCUUUUCUGAAUCCUCAGUCUGUCCACUGAAGAAGAAUUUGUGGAAGCAGACAGAUAUAUUCCUAGCUUAUGACUUUAUUUUGUAUUUUAAUAUUGAGCAGGCACUCUCUUGAAAAGCCUCCUCGGCAUUUUUUGUGCCUAUCCUAAGUUUCUUAAGAAUUGCAGUGCAGGCAAGGGUGUGUAUGAAUGUGCAGUACCCCAGAGGGCUGUCAUAGCCACUAGUUAGCACCUCAUUGCUUGCCUGAUUCCAGGAGCUGUUCUAGACUGUAGUGUACAGAAUAAAUUUUGCUAGGGAAUGUGGAAGUAAAGCAAAACAAAAUGGGAAUGAGGUAAAUUUGUUGGAUACAAUGCUUGAUUGCUUAUGAGACAAGAUAGAUCUGUUGUGGAAAAAUCAGAUUUAAGUGAUUCGUGGAAGGCAGAAAGAAAUCUCUCUACAGAUGCCAUUGGAAGACCACAGAGUGUGUCAGUCCAGAGCUACAGCUCUUCUAACCUGGAAACAAAAUAUCUUUGGAAACAAAGUGCCUAUCCGGACCACUCCUGGCAGAUGUAAGUCAUCUUAGCCUUUUGGGUAGGCAUCUGCACUGAUUGCGAGUAUGCUGUGAGGGUUAUAUCUUACCCUUUUAUUUUCUCUGGUAGAGUACUGUGAGGUCCUGUUCUUCCUUCGAUGUUGUUGGUGUGUAGAGAGCUGCUCUGGGUAAAUUUGAGAUGAGCUGAAAGCAAAGUCCAGUGUCCAGAGAGCAGAAAUUCCUGGUAGUGCCAAAGAUGUCUUGCAGCCAAAGUAAAUGUAUUCAGAACAAAAUAUCAGUUGCAUCUUGUUGAGUGAUAGUCAGAAAUCAUUGUGACUAAAUAAGAAAAAGUUACAAAAGUUACAAUCCUUUUUUUCCCAGUGUUGAGAAAUUUAGUAUUAAUUGACACAUCAAAUAACUUCCUUACCACCAUAUACAGAUUGUAUCCUAAUGAUGGCACUAAACAUUUCAGAAGAAAUUAAUAUGCCUGCAGUUUAUGAUCUGUAUUUGGUCUGUUGGAACUACGUAUUUUGUGUGGGCUCUGUAACUUGACAGAAGAUUGAUCAUAAAUUCCUGAAUUGCAGAUUUAGCUAAUACCCAGAAAUAGUUUGAGAUUUGUGUACAACUUGAACAGAGACUCUUCAGCAUUUUUGGAAUGGUAAAGAAGUUAUAGGACAGGGCUAUGGUAACGCCAUCUAGGAGGAUUAACUUCUUCAGUGCAAAUUUUUAUUAGCCUCAGCAUAUUUCUUAUUCUUUGAAACUGUAGUAUAUUUUAAAACUGUACGAAGUCUGUUUGUUGUUGUUUGUUUGUUUUAAUUUGCUGCCUUUCAGGUACAUGUUUCCCUUAAAAAAAAAAAAAGAAAAGAAAAAGAAAAAAAAAAGAAAAAAGCAAAGCAAGCCGUUCAAAGCACUUAAUUUAACUUGAAGAAUGUUGUGAACUUCUUUUGAAGUUAAAAGGACUACUUAAUUCAAGUUCAGCAUGGAUGUAACUGAGCAUUAAUCUUGGGUACUCAAACUGAUCUUCCAGUAUUUGGGUUUGCUAUGUGCACUGAUGGGUUGCUUUGCUUUUAACAGAGUAUGUGUACAUAAUGUUACAGGAUCGGCCUCCUGUACUUCAUUUUUAGACAUAAAUAAUGAUGUGGAGAUCUUUUCAAAUAGAUGCCUAAAAUCACGAAAACGCAUCAUGAAUGUCUUACAUUUGAGUUGUUUUAAGCAGGGUUACUAUAUAUGCUUAUAGUUAGAGGUUUUCAUUGUACUGAAAAGCAAUAAAUUUUGUUACUCUUAGAACUAGGGUAUUGAUGCAUAUUUAAAUAUACUUUAUUUUUAAAUAGCAUGAAUAUUUCACAGUGAUUUUUUUGUUAUUUGUCAGCAUUUGCUGUUUGUACUGCUAAAAUGCUAGAAUUUCAGUUUGGGGAUGAAGUCAUCAUGUUGAAGUCAUGUUAAAUACUUCAAAACUCUUUUUACAUCUGUACUCCAUGGUUAUAUGAGAAGGAGACGUGAGCCAAAAAAAAAGCUAAGAAAAUCCUGUCAAAAGGAUAUCUGCCUUUUUUGAGGUUUUUAUCUCUCACUUUUUCCAAAGGCAGAAUAAAUAGAAGGUUUGGAAAGUUAGAUAUUCAGUGGAAAAGUUGUUUAAGGAACAUGACAGGAGUCAUGUUCCUGGCAUAGACAUAUGUAUUCUUGGAGGUUUAGAGUAGUCAGGCUUACCCCCAAAGUCAACUUUACUGAAAUACAUUGUUGUCAGGAGGCACCUUAAUCAUUUUAGGAGAGCACUAUGCACGCAUUACAGAGCUUUUGUGUUUACCACCGAACUCUGUUUUAUUUCAGUAGUUAACCCUUGAGUUAGAUUCAGCGUAUCCUCUGUUCUCCCUGUUCUGUCAGCCAGGAGGUUUUGGUAGGUGGCACAGGGCGUCAGAACAUUCACGUUCAGUUUCCUGCGGGGAAUGAACUCCUCAGAAUUUAGAGAGCACAUAAGCUGCUAUCUAUGUCCUGUGAAUUCGGUUAGAUACUGGCACAGGCUGCCCAGAGAAGCUGUGGGUGCCCCAUCCUGGAGGUGUUCAAGGCCAGGUUGGAUGGGGCCCUGAGCAGCCUGAUCUGGAGGGUGGCAGCCCUGCCCAUGGCAGGGAGUUGGAACUGGGUGGGCUUUAAAGUCCCUUCCAAACCAUUCUGUCAUUUAUGUCCUAGGUUUUGGAAAUUUCAAUUUACCUGUGAGUAGAGUUGUUGGCGUUGAUUUGUAAAAGCAAAGUCUGUAUCUUUAUCUCAAAUGGUAACACUUUGAGGAAGAAGGUGCCCACCUAACAGUCCUUAGUUGUUAUUCGCUUCCAAAUCCAUGUCUAACCAGCUUGUACUAUAGGGAGAUGUACAAAGUCCUUGGUUUCCUCCUUUUGCUGAAACACAAAGGGGAGGGGGGAAGAUUAUCAGAAUGGCUUGCUCCAAAGUUGAACUAAAACUUUACUUUUGUGUCUGUCUGGAUCAAAUCAUACUCUGAAGAUUUGUGGUUUUUAUUUAUUAUUUUCUAAACAAGUUCAUUCUUGCAUAACCCUGUAUUUGCUGGAACAGACGUUUGUAUGAAAUGCAAAGAUUUAUUGGAUGCUGUGAGCUCUCUAUUCCUCACUAUUCAUCAAACACAACAGAGAACUUGAGGUUGGAACCUCAGGUUGUUAAAAAAGUUAAAGCCAUUUCAGCAUAGCUGCCUCUUACACAUCUCCCUCAAAUUCAAUUUGUCUGACACCUUUUUGUGGAUGACACAGUCCAUUAGUUUACCUGUUACCUUUCUCUGUAUAAUUGGGUUUAAAACCCAGAUUAUAUGGUCUUCUGAGGGUUCCCUGAGCAGAAGAUUGUGUCCUAAAUGCAUCUUGUUUUGCUUUUUACACUGAGCAGAUGGCCCAUAAGCCCUGAGUGUACUCAGGGUGGAUCUGAAACAGCCCUGAGCUAUAGAAAAAUCAACUUUGCAUUUUAAGUGGGGAAGGCUCUACUUUACCAGAAGAUGGAGCUCUCUGCAGUCAGGUUCUUGAUUAGUAUCUGGGUUUGGUUUUUUUCCUCAGUGUUUGAAAAGAUAUCUUUACUGCGGUGUUCGCGCUUACAGGAGAGUCUCUUUGAGCUGUAAUGUUUUGCAUUUUCUCCCAAAUGCCUAAGAAUUUAUAGAAAAAGCUUAAUAAGUUAAAGCAUUGUUAAUUACUGAAAGCCAAAACACAAUACAGCUGCGAUCUAGGGGUUAGAUUUUUAAUUUAGGGGAGAAGUGUGCGUACUGUUUAGUUUGGGAGUAUUCCUAAUGGAGAAAAUUACAUGAUUUUUCUGUAAAUUUUGUUAAACAAUUAUGUACGGUUUGUUUUUCAUGCAGGUAUGGAACUUGUUAAUCGUCUGCUUUUUGGUAGAGGAGGGUAUAAAUAAAACAAAUUUGUUUUCAGCCACAGUCACGUGAAACAGAUUUUCCUAGGAUCAAACCUAUGUAAAACAGAUGGAGGAAGAGUUAUUCCGAUACAAUCUCUUUCAUUGCUAUUGCAGAUGUUUACUGGCAAUACUAGCUCUGUACAUUA